AUGGCGUUCCACUACACCGACUGCUGGCGGCCCCUCAACGAGGCGUUCAAGCGCGCCACGGGGGACGACUUCAACGCGCUGCUGCGGGAGGCACGCAAGGCCGGGACCGUCAAGGCCGUCCCCUGCAUCACCGACGGCUGCCCGGGGCACAUCCUGUCAGCUGAC